AAUAUCAUAACUAAUCUCUAUAAAUAAGUUCUAAUAGCAGUAGUAGAUCUACAAAUGGAUUGAAAAUUAAUUUCGAAUUAUUGAGAAGUGUAUCAGUUACGUUACGGAAUUUUUUAUUCACAUGUAUGGCAACAUUGCAAUUUUAAACAACGGACCAGGUGUUGUGGCAACAUCACAAUUCUGAAAUAAAAAUAAUUAGUAAAAUCCAAGUUUAACGUAUGCGUUUAAAACGUAAUUCGUGUAAUAUUAAACAUCAAGUGUGAUAAUAUUAAAAUAUAAAAAUAUUUGCAAAAUAGUGCAUCUAGAAUUUGUAGAAAAUAUAUUUAGUUUGUAAAAAUGGCGGAUCCGCUGAGUUUGUUACGUCAAUACAACAUAAACAAAAAAGAUAUUAUUGAGCGAGAUAAUCAAAUUAUUUUUGGCGAAUUUUCAUGGCCAAAAAAUGUGAAAACAAAUUAUUUAAAAUAUGGGUCGGGUAAAAAAGGUGCUCCACGUGAAUACUACACAUUGGAAUGUUUGUUAUAUUUACUGAAAAAUGUAACUCUUCAGCACUCGGUGUAUGUACGCCAGUGUGCGGCUGAAGACAUACCGGCUGUUAAUCGUCCAGAUCGUAAGGAGCUUCUAGCUUAUUUGAAUGGUGAAACACAAACAUGUGCAAGUAUUGACAAAAGUGCACCGCUUGAAAUUCCAACACAAGUCAAACGACCAGCAGAAGGGGAAAGUGCCACUAGUGAGAAUGUUGCUAAAAAAGCACGUUUCGAAGAGUUACAAGUACAAAAAGUGCGUGAGCAGCUUGCAGCCCGUUGGGAUGUUAAUAAAAAGGAAACAACUGUCAAUAUUGACAACAUUAAAUCUCUGUCAGAGACCAUGUCAGUGGAGAAAAUUGCGGCUAUUAAAGCUAAACGUUUAGCUAAUAAGCGUACAACAAUUAAACGUACUGAUAAUGAAGAUGUUAUGGCGACUGAAAUGCGUGCUAUAUUGGAUUUCGAUGUAGACUCUACAAAGGACAUAAUAAGCAAGGAACGUCAAUGGCGAACACGUACUACUAUACUUCAAAGUUCUGGUAAAUUAUUUGCUAAAAAUAUAUUCGCCUUAUUGCAAGGAAUCAAAGCUCGUGAAGAAGGGCGAAACCGUCCAAUAACACAAAACCCAAUAAAACUACCAGAGCCAGCACGGCCUGUGAAUACAAAACCACAACUAACACAAUAUAACCGUUACGAUCAGGAAAGAUUUGCACGUCAGAAAGAAGAAACCGAGGGCUUUAAAAUCGACACACUUGGUACUUAUCAUGGUAUGUCACUUAAAUCUGUAACUGAAGGAUCGGUGCAACGUAAGGCAAAUGUUACUCCACAAACAGGAAAAAAUAAAGAAAUUAUUCCUGUAAAUCAAGUGCGACAAGUAGCACAAAAUGUACAAAAACGCACUUCCCGAACACCUAUAAUAAUAAUACCAUCCGCUAAUACUAGUCUAAUAACAAUGUAUAAUGCGAAGGAUAUAUUGCAGGAUUUAAAAUUUGUAUCUACAGAUGAUAAAAAGCGGCAAGGUUGUGUACGAGAUAAUGAAUUAUUAUUACAGAGAAAAAAGAAUAAUAUGACUGUACCGUAUCGUGUAAUCGACAAUCCGCAAAAAUUAACCGCUCAAGAUUGGCAGCGCGUAGUGGCUGUGUUUGUUAUGGGUCCGGCUUGGCAGUUUAAAGGUUGGCCUUGGGACAGUAAUCCCGUUGAAAUAUUUUCAAAAAUUUGUGCAUUUCAUUUGCGGUUUAGUGAAUUGAAAUUGGAUGGAAAUGUUGCUAAAUGGUCGGUAACAUUGUUAAAUUUAUCACAGACUCGAAGACACUUAGAUCGUGCUGUAUUAAUGACAUUUUGGGAAACACUUGAUAAAUAUAUGAUGAAGUUUAAACCUGAACUCAGAUUUUAAGGAACCCUGCUAAUCAUGAACCGUAAUUCUUUGUAAGAGAUACAUAAAAUAAAUAAAUAGUACUAAGAAAUUAAUUCGAACUAUGUAUGCACGAAUACCACUAUAUGAAAAUUAAGUACAUUUAACAUUAAUGUUUAUAUGCAAAAUUUGUUUUCUUCAGAAUUUUGAUUUUUAAUUCGAAAUACAUUAAGAAACUAAUAAAUUUUAAUAUCAAUACAAAUUAUGAAUAACUCUGAAUGAUAUAUUUAAAUAUGACU